AUGCGAGCCAGUACCCUUCUCCUCAGUAUCGCGCUGGUUGUCCGGAGUCUCGCCAGUCCGGUCAAGCUCGAUCUUGGCGAUGGUAUCGACUACGAAGUUGGCUAUCCCAUCGUAGCUGGUCAGGUCAACGCCAAGGAAGGCAUCAAUGUAGUCAAGAGAGCUACUACUUCAAUCAAGACGACCUCGACUGCGAAAGCAUCACCCAUCUCGACAAAACAGGCGUCCACUUCUUCAGUGAAGGUCAGCAGCACUUCGAAGAAAACUUCAAGUACAUCUGCGGCCCCGGCAAAGGCCACGACGUAUCAGCAGCGCGUCCUUGUUUCGCACAACGUCCACCGUGCCAAUCAUUCCGCCAGCAAUCUCGUAUGGGAUAAUGCUCUCGCAUCGACCGCCGCAAAGAUCGCUUCUACUUGUGUGUAUGCUCACAACACCACAACCGACGGUGGUGGCUACGGUCAAAACAUCGCGGCCGGACUUGCUGCGGACAAUAUAACAGCCACCAUUACCGAACUCUUCUACAACAGCGAGGUUGGGUACUUCCAAAACCUCUACGGACAGGCUAACCCUGACAUGUCCAACUUUGGCAACUGGGGUCACUUUUCUCAAAUCGUCUGGAAGGGCACCUCGAAGGUCGGCUGCGCUACACAGUACUGCUCCAAAGGUCUUGCCAAUGUCGGACCUUACACUCCACCAUACUUUACCGUGUGCAAUUACGGACCGCCAGGUAACUACCUUGGCGAAUUCGAUGUCAACGUCGGCAAAUCUCUCAAUCGUCCCACAGUUCAUUGGAACUAUGGUUUGUAG